CCGGAAGUGUUCGUGGGUGGGGCGGUGCCUGUGCGAGUGCACGGUGGGAUCGAUAUGGCUACCGAGGGUGAUGUGGAGCUGGAGUUAGAGACUGAGACCAGCGGCCCGGAGCGGCCUCCAGAGAAGCCACGGAAGCAUGACAGCGGCGCGGCGGACCUUGAGCGAGUCACCGACUACGCAGAGGAGAAGGAGAUCCAGAGUUCCAAUCUGGAGACGGCGAUGUCCGUAAUUGGAGACAGAAGAUCCCGGGAGCAGAAAGCCAAACAGGAGCGAGAGAAGGAACUGGCCAAAGUCACCAUUAAGAAGGAAGAUCUGGAGCUGAUAAUGACAGAGAUGGAGAUCUCACGAGCAGCAGCAGAACGGAGCUUGAGGGAACACAUGGGAAACGUGGUAGAGGCACUUAUUGCCCUAACCAACUGAUUUGUGCUUCCUCAGACCCACUCACUGGAUUAUUUUAUUUCAAUAAAGACUUAUCCUUGUUUUUGCAAUUA